UCGCAGCAUGAGGUCACUGUUCGUGUGUUCAUGUACAGGGUGGUGGUGGGGGGGGAUUUCCUCUCUUCAGCCACAAGCAUCGCUACAAGUGUUGCGCGAACGAUUCGCUUAGCAAAAAGUGUCCUUUUAUUUUAAUCAAUCCGUAUCGCAACCGAACGGGGGCACAACAACAUCGACAGGCGUCCGUCUUAAGCGUCCAGCAGUGAUGAGUCCCGAAAAGUCUUUCAAGCAACGGAGGUCAUUGGUGGAGAGACAGAGAGAUGUGGAGCAAAUUCGGUCACAGCAUCCCAACAAAAUUCCAGUGAUAAUAGAGAGGUACCGUGGAGAGAAGCAGCUGCCAAUGCUGGACAAGACAAAAUUCCUCGUCCCUGACCAUGUGAACAUCAGUGAGCUCGUCAAGAUUCUCCGGCGCCGUCUGCAGCUCAGCCCGAACCAGGCCUUCUUCCUGCUGGUGAAUCAGCGCUCCAUGGUGAGCGUGGCUGUGCCCAUAUCCCAGGUUUACGAGCAGGAGAAGGAUGAGGACGGCUUCCUCUACAUGGUCUACGCCUCUCAAGAGACAUUCGGCAGUGUCUAAAAUACGCUCAGCACCCCCCCCACCCCACCAAAUAAACACCCAGACCCUCGCAGCCGUCGGACACUCACAAUGAUCACCGCCACCACCACCACCGCCGCCAGCACGCACUCUCAGUUCCACUCUGAUGCUGUCGUACAUGGGCAGAGCUGUGUAGAGUAGAGUUGCCAUCUGUGUGGAAAUCGACUGUUGUAGAAUAGGGUUAUCUUUUGUCUAGAUUUUACCUUUGAUAAUAAGGAACCUGAUCGUUAUAAAAUAGUGACACCAUCUAUCUCUGUUUUAGCCGAACAUGUGUACAUGUUGUAGAAAUGUAAACAUCUCGUAUAAUAUGAUACCAAUAGUAUUUCCAAGGUUUCUAGUCUGGGCAGUGGCACCAUAACCAUUUUACCUUUUUUUGCGCAUUGCACUUCUCCAGUACUUAUUUACCACCACAGCCCUUGG